ACAUCCCGGGAGAACUGCCUCUGCCUGAGAGAACAAAGAACCCUUCCCCAGGGAGGGGGUGACGUCCCAGGAGUGCUCCUGACCCCUGCAAGGAUCACCCUCUGCUUCCAGGAACUGUGUCUAGUUUGCAGAUUCCAACAGGAGAGGCGAGACCGGGAGGGAGCAACUGUGUGGCCGGAAGUGGGGCAACUGAAGGGGAUGGUCACUCCACUGCUCACAGACAUGGAAGAGUCCCCACUGUCCCCUCACACUCCGUUAUCUGCAUCCUUCCCCUCUGUUAUGAAACACCAUUUGGGCAGCUGCAUUCCAGCUGAGGCAGAGGCCUUGAGAAUUGAGAAAACCUGGACAGAUGGGAAGUUGCCAGAGAUGGUUUCUCUGGUCACAGAGACUGUGAGGACAGCGUCCUGCACACCUGUGAACGUCGCAGUGAUGGGGGACUCUGGCAAUGGCAUGUUCUCCUUCAUCAACGCACUGCGGGGCAUCGGGCACAAGGAGGAGGCCGCGGCUCCCACUGGGGUGGUGAGAACCACCCUCACUCGUGCCUCCUACUCAUCCUCCCAUUUCCCAAAUGUGCUGCUGUGGGACCUGCCCGGCACAGGGGCUACCACCCAAAGCUUGGAGAAUUAUCAGCAGGAAAUGCAGUUCAGCCUGUGUGAUCUCUUCAUCGUUAUCGCAUCUGAAGAGUUCAGCAUGAAUCACUUGAGGCUUGCCAAGACUAUCGACUGCAUGGGAAAGAAGUUCUAUAUUGUCUGGACCAAGCUGGACAGGGACCUCAACACGAGUGCCCUCAGGGAGGGAGAGCUCCAGCAGAAUAUCCGAGGAAAUAUCCUGGAAAAUCCCCAGAAGGAGUGGGUGUGUGAACCCUCCAUAUUCCUGGUCUCCAGUCUUGACCCUUCUUUGCACGACUUCCCAAAGCUUCAGAACACAUUGCAAAAGGAUUUCACCAACCUCAGGUGCCACGGUCCAUUCUUAAAUGCAUCCCCUUCUUAGGUAAAUUUGUCAUUCAUUAUUUUAGAUAGCUGAAACAAAAACAGUUCCUCAUGAUAGUUGUUGAGGACAGCAAGACCAUCCUGAGUAAAGUCCUGAAGGUCUCCUUUAUUGCAGGUGAAGGCCAACUUGGGAAGAGUCCAACAGGCUCAUUCACUGGGAUUCUUUUCUCAGCAGGAUACUUUUUUCUCCACUGGAAGAGACAGACAUUUGACUUAACAUUCUCUGCUUAUUUCUAAUGCUUGUAGAUUGCUUGAAAACAGUUAUGAAAAUUUUUUAUCCUUCUACUGCCAAAUACAGUACGCAAGUGUUUGUUGAAAUCAUUAAAUAUGUUUCCUUGGAUUGCAAUAUAGAAAUUUUCUUUCAGUUAAAAAUAUCAAGUUAUGUCCUGCUCAGUCUCUCUUUUUUUUCCUAAUACAUUAAUGUUAACAUCAUUUCUCCUCAUUAAUGUCUUUUCAUUCACUCUUUUCUGUUCCUUUUCUCUUUCCUUUCCCUCAACCUGCUGAGAAAUAGUCAGUGAUACAGUGGGUUACUUUACAACUUUAAGGACAGCUGGACAGUGUGGUUGAAACUGUUCUUUAGAAUCUGUGGGGUGAUGGGGCUGGGAUUCCCAGGCAGUCAGCAAAGCUGCCUCAGAGAUGCUUAUCCUUCCCUCCAUUCUCUUUCAGGUGCCUAAAAUCCAUCAAUAUAUUCAAAGGUAAAGCAGGCUUUGCAUUAGGGUCGUGACAGGCAAUACAUGGCAUCAACCAAUUGAGGAAUAAGAGGGGAAUUUAAUAAGGAGGGUAUUUGCAAAGAUGUGGGCAGGUGUAGGAGACCACCAAGAGAAAGUGUUUACCCCUGAGUGAACAACAGCGGGGAGUGACCUUUGCAGGCCUGAAAGGUCAGGGAGAGGAGCAGGUUGUUGGAACCUGGAGAUGGCAGCGGUAGACAGGAGCUGUCACCUCAGUAGACUGAGGUCCCCUAAACCUGCCCCUUAGCAAGGGAAAUGGGGAUAAUCAAAUGCCUGACCUUGAGGUCUCCAGCCAGUGCUGCCCCUGGGCCAAAUCCAAACAUAAUCCAGAGGGAGAGAGACCGCAUUUAUAUAGCCUAUGUGUGCCAGCCUUUUUGGAUACUAAAAGGGUGGAGAAGGUGGAUUUGGAGUAUAAAGUAAAUUAAGCAUGAGAAAGUAUUGAAAAUAAUUGCAAAGCGAUUGCAAUGACACUAGUACCAAAAGGACAAUGACCAAUUAAAAAAGCAAACAUGGACAAUUGUCACACAAAGUGGAAAGCAUAGCUGAUCGCUCAGGCUCUUUGAGAGCAUUUUUCCAUUCAGUAAUACACCUUUACAGUCAUAGCCCUGAAUGAAAUGUCGGCAUCCCCUUGCUGGUCCUGCCUUAAGUCCAUAGCAAAACUACUCGUCCCCGUUCACACGCAGCCCCUGCAACGGCUCCUUCUUCACCGGUGUGUGUCCCAGGUCAUUCACUGAUCAAGGGAGCAAGACAAAGAGCUAGUUUUCUUCACCUCUGUCAUCCUGACCUCACCCCAAAAUACAUGAUCCCAUCAAUGUCACAGAUAUAUCCCCCCCUGCUCACCGCUUCUCAGCUCGGCAGUUGCAAUAGUUUGCCCCUUUGCAUCCCUCCAAAUGUUCCCCACAACACCCUGGAUGUGUUUAUCUAAACUUUAUGUAUGAACAGUGACCAGACAUCCAGGGAGGCCUUGGAAAGUCCCAGGUUUCAAUUAUUUUCAAUGUUUCCUAAUUUGGGAGAUAUAUUUUAUGGACCCCUUAUAAGUUUCACUACCCUGUUUAGUGCCCUGACAUGGCAGUGUCCUAUAUGCUUAAUGAAUUAAUAAAGAACCUCCUUGUGUGAUUGCAGUUGUAAGAGGAAGGCAAGGGACAUGCAUGACACCAGAAGGAAAGAUAGAGGGUAAAGUCUGGGAUUGUAUAACACAGCAAACCCUAGAGUGGCCAGUGAUGGUUAUCAGGUGUACAGAUACAAGAAUGUUUGCACAUGAGGGAAAACAAGUGAAUGUCAACAUACCAAGGGCUUGAAAAUGGGACGGUUUAGGGGGGAAAAUAUAUUCAGUGCAAACUAGACUCCACAAUAAACAGCAACAUUGUAAUAUGCUUCCAUUAAUUUUAAUGAAGGCAAUAUACAAAAACUAAAUGUCAAUAAGUGGAGGACGUAAGGGAAGGUAUGGGAUUCUUGGUGGUGGUGUUUUUG